AUGUCACAUCUUUCAAGUCAGCAACCAAGAUUACCAACCCAUCCACAAUUAGAUUUUGAUUUUCCUGCAAAUUCAAUUUUAAACCAUAAUAAUAACAAUAACAGCAGCAAUGUAAAUAAUAAUAAUAGCAACAAUAGCAACAAUGCCAAUGGAAAUGUUAAUAGCAAUGGAGGUAAUAGUUCCCCCAAUUUACCAUCACCUCAAAAUGUAAUGAGUGCCACCCACAACAACAACAGCAGCAACAACAACAACAACAACAACAACAGCAACAGUAACAACAAUGGAAACAACAACAACAAUAACAAUAAUAACCACAACCAUAAUAAUAGCAAUAAUAGUAACAAUAACAACAACCAUGGCAACAAUAACCAUAAUAAUAACCAUAGCAAUAGCAAUAAUAAUAAUAAUAGUAACCAUAGCAAUAGCAAUAGCAAUAGCAAUAGCAAUAGCAAUAGCAAUAGCAAUAGCAAUAGCAAUAGCAAUAGCAAUAGCAAUAGCAAUAGCAAUAGCAAUAGCAAUAGCAAUAGCAAUGGCAAUAACAAUAGCAAUAAUAAUAAUAAUAGUAAUAGUAAUAAUAAUAAUAAUAGUAAUAAUAAUAAUAAUAGCAGCAAUAAUAACAGCAAUAAUUAUAAUAAUAACAAUAAUAAUAGUAGUAAUAAUAAUAAUAAUAAUAAUAAUAACAAUCACAAUAGUAAUAACAGCAAUAAUUCAUCACCACAUGUAUAUAGUCCAUCAACCAAUCCACAUUUUUCACAUGGUUCACCAUAUAGUAGACCAUUGUCACUAACAAAGGAUAGAAUCCCUUUACACUUACAACAUUAUAUGAAUGCACCAGCUGCGACACCAUAUGAUAGAGAAUCUGACCCUGAUAUCAGAGAAGUAACACCCGCCAAUAUAACUUUAAGAACAAAUGAUUCAAAUUCUAAUAGUUUGAAUAAUAACAAUAGUAAUAAUAGCAAUAAUAAUCACCACAAUAAUAACAAUAACAAUAAUGGUAACAAUAAUAAUGGUAAUAAUAGUAAUAAUAAUGGAAAUAAUAAUAAUAGUAAUAGUAAUAAUAAUAAUAAUAGUAAUAAUAAUAAUAAUAAUAAUGAUAAUAUGAAUGAUGGAUAUAACAACGAUAAUUUCAAUAACAACAAUAAUAAUAAUAAUUAUAAUAGUGAUGGUAGUGAUGAUGAAGAAAGUUCUCCACGUGGUGAUAAUAAUAACAAUAAUAAUAAUGGAAAUAUUAUAGCAUCAAUUACAGGACAAAAUACAGUUCCAUCAGCAUCAAAUGCAUUAGUUACAACAGAAAAUAGAUCAUUAACAGAAGCCAAUCCAACCUAUAUAGAGAUUACAGAAUAUUUAAAUUUCCCACAAAGUGAAGCUGCAAAGAAAUUAGGUAUACCAACUUCAACCUUGAGUAAAAGAUGGAAAGAAGCUGCAAGAGGUAGAAAAUGGCCAUUCAGAAAGAUCUCUAAAAUCGAUAAAGAAAUUAUGACCCUUCUCCAUAACAUACCUCCAGGUGAACAAAGUAGUAAUCUUCCACCACAAAUUGAUCAAUCAUUAGUUAAUUUAUUAAAAAAGAGACAAGGUGAAUUGAAACCAGUUUUCAUUAGAAUGUAA